CUGACUCGCAAGCUACUUGAAACUUUUAAUAUAUAAACUCCUUUGAAUGCGAUUUCGAACGUUUGAGUAUAUGUUUAAUGGUUGCCCCAAAAGUCAUGAGAAGAAGAAGAUGAAGAUCACGGCAAAACAAUUUUAAUGUGCGCAGGUAUUUAAAAGACACAGACAUUUGGCUUUAACAGACUUAACAAUGGCGUCUCUUUUCAAGGACCCAAACCAGCUUUCUGCAUACAGAGAUCGAAGAUUUAGUGGAACACAGGAUGAAUUUGAGCAUGCACUUCGCACUUCUUCUACUGUUUAUAUUGGGAAUCUUUCCUUUUAUACCACUGAAGAGCAAAUCUACGAGCUCUUUUCUCGGGUUGGAGAAAUCAAGAAAAUCAUAAUGGGCUUGGAUAAAAAUACAAGAACUCCAUGUGGCUUUUGUUUUGUUUUGUAUUACUCUCGAGAGGAUGCUGAGGAUGCUGUGAAAUAUAUAAGUGGGACUGUUCUUGAUGAUCGUCCUAUCCGUGUCGAUUUUGAUUGGGGUUUCCAAGAAGGAAGGCAAUGGGGCCGUGGCAGAAGCGGAGGGCAGGUUCGGGAUGAGUACCGCACUGAUUAUGAUCCUGGCAGAGGAGGAUAUGGAAAGAUGGUGCAGAAAGAGCUAGAAGCACGCAGACAACUUGUUGAUUAUGGUGUGGGAUCAUUGGGCAAUUUUCAUGGAAGUGCCUCAAAUUCUUCAUAUGGAGGGCAUGGAGGAGGACAUGGAGGUCAUGGGGGCUCCCAUCGACAUGGUAGAGAUUAUGGUCGCAAACGCUAUCGAUCAGAUGAUGACCGUGCAACAGAUGAUGGAUCAAAAAGGAGCAGAACCUAUGAUCGAGAGUCAAGGCCGGAAAGGAAUCCUCGUUUUCGAGAGAGUGGUGAUUCCGAUGAAGAUGAUAAUGGAAGGCACUAAAGACCAAAUUGUUGUGUAAAGUUAGUUCCAUGUAAAUACAUUUCCAAUCUAACAGAGGUCUCUCUACAUUUUGUAAGACAACCAAAGGACUUACAAAAUGUCAUUUUCAAAAUUUUCUGUGGUAUACCCUUUAUACAUUUUAAACUAGCACCUUGAUAUGGUAAUUGCUUAGCUAAGGAAAAUAAAUAUAGAUACAAUAUCCUUUCUAGAAAUUUUUAA